UUGACUAAAGGUGUGUUUUCUAUGAUCUAAAAAAUUUUUAAUCUAGUUUUGUAGACACAAAGAUAUGACUUUCUUUUCAAUACAUUUGUGUCAUUAAAUAGGAGAGUAUGCCUAGAUAGUGAAAGAAAGAAGCAGACAGUUCCAGUUUCAUAGUUUUGAUGAAUUUAUUGUUUUUUAUUAUUAUUUAUUAUUUAUAUUACUGUUUUGAAAAAAAUAGUCGGUGUGUGAACAAAAUCUUAACUAGUUUGGAAAUUCAGUUAAAUUCAGUUUGGAAAAUCAUCUAUAGAAGGGAUGAGCAGUAAACAUUUCACAUUUGAAGUGUGUUAAAAAUAGAUAUUAUUAUUAUUAUUAUAAGACAAAUACAUACAAAAACUACUAGAGAUCUUGUAUGAACCCUAAGUUAAGAAAAAAAACUGGAUAAAUGUGCGAAACCAUUUUUGAUGACACAUACAGUUACAGGCUAUAUAUUGAGUGAAGCUCAAAAUUCUCAACAACACUUAAAAACGCAACAACUUCAGCACUGGACAAACACACAAAACCUUCGUUCCCUAUAAAAAGAUACAUUCUUUAUUUCCAUAAAGAAGAAAACUCCACCCUAAAGAGUGAUGGCAGCGAUAGUUACCGGGCUCAUCCCAAUCCUCCGCACUGCGGUGGACUCCACUGCCACCUAUAAAGGUCGCACCAUGUGGUUCGGUUUGCUCUGCAUCCGCCUAGUGACCAUCUUUCUGGCUCAGUUUCCAUGGAAAAGCUUAAAUGAGGAUUUCCACUGUAACAGCAGUGACGUCUUCUGCAUUAAAGCUUGUUUUAAUAAACACUUUGACAAUUCUAUAGUGAUGGCGUGGCAUUUCCUCUUUAUCCUUCUUGUGCUCUCUGUCCUUCUCAUGGAGCUGUUUUCCUCCCAUCUUCGAUCUUCAUUCCAGAAGAAGAAGGAGAGAGAAAUGGAAUCUCAAAGCGAGCAGGAAGCUGUCACUGAUCCCACCAUGACUGUUGGUGGUAGGAUGAUGAUAGACUUCCACAAAAGCAAAAGCAGUGUGGUGGUGUACCUGUUCAGCAUCAUGCUGCGAAUUGCAGUGGAGGUUUUGUUCGUGUAUGUCUUGUUCUACUGGGUACUACCCAAACUGAAUGAAGAGUCAUACCUUUGUCAUGCACAAAUGUUUGGUAAAUGUUCAGUACAGCAAUGUGUGGUCCGAGGUGCAGCAGAAAAGAAAAUGUCUGUCUUUGCAUUACUGUUUAUGUCUGCCCUGGUUAUUGUAACAAGUGGUCUGUUCGGUCUCUACUCAAUAAAACACUAUCUCUUAAUGGUUAACAAAAGGAUUCCAUUGAACACAAGCAUAUUAAGCUUUAAUGCGUCUGUAUAUUAUUUUUUUAUUUUCUCUUAAAUGCUUUUUUUAUGGCUUACAGAUGAAUAUUGUGAACUGUAUUGACUGUAUUUUAACUCCGUUUAAAUGUAACUUUGCAAUAAACCAAGAACAAAAAAAUUGUUAAGGAGAUGCA